AUGGGGACAGCUUGCUGUCAUGCCAGCCUCGCUGAAAGAGCGGAUGCUCUGCCAUUGGAGCCGUCCGACAAUCCGCCAGGGCACGACCCCUUCAGUGAACGACCAUCAGUGCUGCACGUGGAGCACAAAGGGAAACAUGGGAGGAAAACGCUGUCUGUGGCAGAACAGCAAGGCUUUCGACUUUACCAGGCCCGUCCAAAUGAGACAGAGUGGUUGAACCAAGCCAUCGACCGCAUGUGGGCGUACAUCGAGGCAUCAAUCAGAAAGAUGUUGCUGGAGACCGUCACGGAAUCGAUUCAGCAGAACAACGCAGACGUGCCGCUUCUCAACACCUUUAGAUUUACGCAAUGUUCGUUUGGAGACAACCGGCCCAAAUUCCCUUCGCUGAAAGUCCGAUCAAAGGGAAAUCUCAUGGAAUUUGUCAUUCAGAUGGACUGGGAUGCGACUGGCUCAGAGAUCGCCGUAUCUUUGGGAAGUAUGGCGGUGGGUAUGAAAAACAUUCAAUUGCGAGGUCCACUCCUCUUGGUUUUUUCGCCGCUGCUGAAUGAGCUUCCCAUCACAGGAGCCAUGAGCAUCACGUUCCCCGAUCCACCAGAGUUUAAGUGGGAGUGGACCGGCAUAGGUUCUGCCUUCAAGGCCUUGGCUGGGACAGUUGAGAAGACGAUCGUGGACGCCAUCUUCGAACCCUUGGUCGUCCCCAGCCGCGUCUACAUCGACAUUGCAGGUCUCGCCAGCUCCCGGAAGGAGCCCCUGGAAAGUCGCGUUGAAAGCUAUCGAACGCCUGAUCCCAUCGGCGUUCUCCACAUGGCCAUUCUGGAGGCCAAAGACCUGCCUAUAGCAGACUUCGGCUUUGCCGGUGGUUCCUCUGACCCUUAUGUCGUAGUGAAGAUUGGGAGCAGCCAAUGGCAGACCGCCAAGCUGAAGAGGACGCUGAACCCAGUGUGGGGCCAGGCUCACUCCCGCGAUUUCUUGAUACAUCACAUGGAGCAGCACGUUUUUGUGGAUGUCUACGACUCUGACAUAAUUAGCUUUGACGACCUCUUGGGCUUUGUGGUUGUCAAGGAGUCUGGCGAGUCUUGCAGGCGUCCAACAGUCUCUGAGCUGACUAAGGCAGGACAGGAGAAAUGGUGGCCACUUAGUGGUGACAAGGGCGAGGUGAAGAUCCGCUGCUUCUUCCGAGAGGUUGACGAUGAUAUGGUCACAAUUGACCCGAUUUUCGUGAGUUGCAAUCAGAAGUGCGACCUGCUUGAUCCAGGUGGCAAUCCAGGGGCAACUCGAAGCUCUUGCUCUCUUUGUGGCGCGAGCUUGAAAUCUUGGAAGCUGUCUUGCACUCCCUGCGGGUCCUUCGAUGGCAAGGAGUGCCCUACCUGCAACUUCCGGGUUUGCCGCCCGUGUUCCGUGGAGCGCCGCCCGGCUGCUGCCAUGCUCCGCGUGUGUAUCCGCGAGGGCCUUGUUCCUGCUGAAGAUGUACACGACGGAGUUGUUCUGGGCGUCAGCUUUGAAGGAGUCAUGCAAUGGUCAACCACUUCUGUCCGGUCCUCCGAAGUGGAAGAGACUGCCGAUAGGCCCGAGACCACCAAGUGGAUACAGAGGCUUUGCGCCAAGUUCGACAAAGCGUCCGUGGCGAAAUGCCUCGAGAUGGAUCUGGAAAAGGUCCAGGAUGUCUUGGACAAGGCGCCACAUGACAGCUUGGAGAAGGUGGAUCUACUUGGACAGGAGGCAGUGGUGUGGGAUUAUGCCUUGUACUUCUUGGUGCGGGAUCCCAGGGAUGACUUUACAGCUACAGUGGUAUACAGGGGAAAGACAACAGCGCAGCAGACUAUUCAACUCUUGUCUGGCAAGAAGAUUGAGUCCAUGAAGAAGAACCAGAAACAUUGGAUGCAACAGAAACGGGCAGCAGGAUUGCAAGGAUUGCCUGCAAGCACUGAGCCCACUGAGACCACGUGGAAGUUGGAUUUGGACGGCACAAAGGAAUGCAGCUUCUUUGUACAGAUCUCGCUGCAACCACUGAUGCCACCAUGA